AGUUUAAGUGGCCUACCGGGACUGGAAAUUUUUUAGUCGUUUGAAAGCUGAGCAAUGGAGAUGAAGUUCGUGGUCAUAACUUUUCUAAUAAGCUACGUAAUAGCCCAAUCGAAUGCCGAUUGUGUCAAUAAACCAAUUGUGGAUGGGAAUUGCGACCAGAUAAUCAAAGGAUUUACUUAUGCAACCGAAGAGAACCGAUGCAAAAUGUUUAGAACAAAGGGUUGCACAGUGGUCGGAAAUUACUUCCGUUCCAGAGAAGAGUGCGAGCUCAAAUGCAAAGGAUAUAUAAAUUGGCGAGACAUUGGUUUCGAAAGCUACGGAAUCGGAAAUUGGGAAGAAAGUGUAAUCGAUGACUACUGGGUGAAUGGUUCGCAAGAAAGCGAAGUCGAAAGCAUCUCGAAUAGAGGAUCGAAAAAACGAACUCCUAGGCAGAAUAUCUAAAAGAAGCUUGAACUUGUGGUAGCCUUUUGAAAUACACCUCGACCGAUUUGAAUCUUCGGCUCCACUGUAAACUACCUAAUAAAUUUAAUAUUUCCCUAUAUAA